AUGGUCAAGCGAUCACGCGAGUCAUCGAUCCUCUCGUCCAGCAGCGACACCGCCAAUUCUGCGGCAGAAGAACCUCAAUCUCCUCGUCCUGCAAAACUCAGUGUUGUAGCCACAGUCGCCGACCUGCCAGCCAAACCUGUCAUGCAGUGUACUCUCCCGCCUCACCGGGAAACCCUGGACUUUGCUUCUAUCGAAGAUUUCGAGGUGCAUUAUGCCAAAGACCAUUCCAAUCGUUGUACCUCAUGCGGCAAAAAUUUCCCUACUGUUCAUUUCCUAGCCCUGCACAUCGACGAAAACCACAAUACCUUCCGGGAAGCCCUGCAAGCCAAAGGUGAGAAGACAUAUGCUUGCUUUGUCGAGGACUGUGACAGAAAGUGUUCCACCCCACAGAAGCGACGUCUUCAUCUGAUUGACAAACAUCUGUUCCCCAAGAUCUACAACUUCCGCAUUGUGGAUACUGGUAUCGACAAGUCGACCUCUAUGCUCCACGAAAGUCGUCGGAGAAGAGUGUCAACCACCGCCGGCCAAAUCACCUCCAGUGGCGGCCAUCGAAGACAGCAAUCCAGAACGGAUAAUACGCAAAAUUCCGCCGGUGUCGCACCGAAGAGGAAGGAAGACCAGGAGAGAAGAGGAGGACCGAACCUUGAACCCAACAAGCAUGUCUCGGAUACCGCCAUCACCGAUCUUGAAUCAUCCUUGUCUGCCUUGCGAUUCGUGCCACCUAGUGUUGCCAGCAGGCAGCGGAACAAGCCGCACCAUGUAUGA